AUGUUGUGCGUUAGUAUUUCGUUUUGUAAUUGCAUAUUACCUUCAAGAUACAUUUUUAUUGAAGUCACAAGUGAACAAACAUCUCUUCUAAAAACCUUUUUGAUCCCUCGUUAUAUAUUGACUAAAGUAAGAAAAAAAAAUCAACGUUUAGCAAUGAAUACAACAAUUGCAAAUGAAAAUACAUUAACAAUAAAAAAUUCGUUACAAAAUUCUAUAUCAGGCUCAUUCAAUUCAAAAAAUCAUAUUAAAUGUGAUAACUUAUCUUCAGCAAGAUAUACUGAAUCUCUUCCCAUUAUAAAAACUGAUAAUGAAGAAACAACACUAAUACAAUCAAAUUUAUCUCGUUUUCCUGAUAUCAUGGAUAUUACUAAUAUGAUUGAUGAAAAUCUUGAUGAAACAAAUUCUCGAACAAAAUCAAUGAGUAGUUCCGAACAAGAAAAUAUUAAUGAAUUAGAAGACAUAAAAGAUCUCACUCAAUGGAAUGAUGCAUUGAAAAAAUAUGAACAAAAACAAGAAAAAAUUGAAAAUUCUCAAGAAGAUGAAAAAGUUAAUAAUACUCCUGUUCUUCCAACAUGUUUACCUUCGAUUGAAGCAAUUCAUGUUAAUGUACAAGAAUUUAAACCAAUAUCUAUUGAUGAUCCAAUAUUAUUAAGUCUUCGUAAUUUAUUUAUACGUUCAUUUGAUGAAUAUUAUAAACAAAUUGAAGCUCAAUUAAAUUUAAAAUCUGAUAAAACUCUUAAAGAAUGGCUUGAUGAAACAUUUAAUGAUGAAAAAAAUUCUAUUCUAUCUGGAACAUAUCGUUGUUUUAUUUUAUGUAGUGAUGAAUAUCAAGAUUCAAAAGAAAAUGUUUUAGGAUUUUUAACAUUAAAAGAUGAAGGUGAAGGAUCAAUAUAUAUUGCUCAAGUAGCUGUUCGUCUUGAUAUUAAACGACGAGGUUAUGGAGUUCAAUUAUUACAACAUUUACGUAAAGUUUAUCCACCAAAUACUCAUUAUUGGGGUUUAUGUCGACGAGCUAAUCGACCAGCUUUACAAUUUUAUCUAAAAAAUGGUGCAAAAUUUAUGAACGAUGAUGAUGUAGCAACGAAAUAUGGAUAUGAUCCAACAUUAUAUGCCGGUUUUGAAUUUCUCGAUACUGUUUCUGUUAUCAUUCCACAACUAAAAACAAUGGUAAAAAUCGAAUCAGAUGUUAAUAAUUCUGAUCAACAAUUAGCAACAACACCAACACAAAAUAAUGAAAAUCCUUCAUUGGAAAGUAAUACUGAAGAAAAACAAGAAUCAAAGAAAAAGAAUCGAACAGAAUUAGUUGGAUGUUGUAUUAUAUCAUGA